AUGUAUCUAUCCUCUGACCAACGCGGGUAUUAUGAGAAACCGCCACCUCUGCCAUACACGAACGGCCAGAAAUUUGCUGUUCGUGCCCAUCAACCACCGCCCCCAGUUCGAAAGCGCACAGAUGAUUGUUUAAUGGACCGAGAGGCAAGAGAGGAGAGAGUAAAGUUGUCCCCCCUCAAGCGCUGUGUUUUACAUCCUCCGUGGGAGGGCUCGACUGGCAAUGCUACUGUCGAAUUCGAAAUCUCACGCCAGAUUCAUACCGGUGAGAAGAGGGGUGUGCAGGUAGUUGCCGUCAACAUCCUCAGGACCUCUCCUGGCUGCCCCCAAAGCCUGCAAAAUGUCACGACUGUGGUGGCUAAGUUUUACGAUCCUCUCUACUUUGAUCAUUAUGAUGAUGGUGUUGAUCCGUUUCGCUGUGUCAAUAAAUUUUAUACCACCGAAGCAGCCUCGUACUCCAGACUCGCUGACCUUCAAGGCACGGUGAUACCCACAUUCUAUGGGUCAUACUCAGUUGAAUUCCCCGUCGGUCAGUCGAGUCGGUAUGUUCGGCUCAUCCUAAUGGAGCUUAUUCCAGGUUCGUCAAUGCGAGACCUCGAUCCAAAAGACUUUACCCAGGAAGAGCGAAAACGGAUCAUGAAGCUUCUGAUUGACGGAGAAUCCGCCAUAUACCAUCGGGAUGUACGUCUGACGGACUUACACCCUAGGAACGCACUUGUGGUGUGGGAUCGCAAUCUUCGCGAGAGGAUUCGCCGGGUUGUUCACAUAGAUUUUGAAAGCAAUUGGAUGUCUCGCCUAUGGUGUUUGGAUAACCCUGAGCUGGAGCAACGUUGUCUUCCCGGCACAUUCAUCACCCCUUUGCUGCGCUGGAAUGUAGCAUGGGAUCAGCAUGCGAACUUUAAAGAUUGGAUCGACUGGGACUACCAGGCAUGGCUGGAGAACGUGUUUGCUCACACGGAAACUUCCAUUACGCCGGAAAUGAGAGCCGAAUUCCUUCCAGAAGACCAACUGGAAUACUAUCGAGAAUAUGGACAUUCGUUCUCGUGGACAGGCAAGGAAAACAACCCACAGACACCCUAA